CUUCAAGGGCAGACGGUGAACCUGCCAUCGGUCGAAACUUAUUCUGCUUCUUCCCACCUCCAUCACAUCAUCUUUUCAACUUCAUACACGGAAAUCGCCCAAGAUGCUGUUUCAAAAACACAUCCUGCUCAUUUGCCAUGCUUUGCUGGUCAUCGCACAAAACCUACAACCGAGAAUGCAGAUACCUGGCGUCGGCUUCAGCCUGACCCCAGAUCAUGGAGUCGCGGCAAUCUUCUACAAGAACAAAACAUGGGCAGAGGUCGCUCGUGUGGAGGGCAGUAGCACAUACAAAGCCCUGAUGCGUAAAGCACCAUCAACAGAACUCGUCCCCGACCAACGUUCAUCUUGGCGAGCCGUGACAGACGUCGUGUGCCCCGUACUCGACACAUUCAAGCCUGAGCUCUGCAAGCGAAACCCUGACGUUGAGAGCGCCAAGGACCUUCUCCGGAACCUAAAAGCCGCGGUGGCUUCUCGUCUGGGCACAACAUUCUGCUACACUCAGAUUGCCCUUCCAGACCGAAAGUGGGCUUACCAGCUCCCAUGGCACUCUCGGGCAGUGAACUAGCCGCCACCGGCCGGCUAAUCACCGACGACACAUGUUCCAUCUUAGUCGUCGACUACAUGGAGGCAUCCAAUCCGGAACAUAACUUAUGCAAGGUGUAAGUUGAC